AUGAUAUUCGUUGAUUUCCCUGAUGCACCAGCCUCGGAUACUACUGAGGAGCUAUACCAGCUCUUCGUUCCUGGUGCACCAGACUGGUACAAGCAUUCUUCCUUUGGUCAACUCAGUCUCAAUAUCACUGCCGACACCUCUCGUUUCUACCGCAUGCCCAAUCCGUCCACCUCCUACCCGUAUGACCGAGGCAUCACCGCACAGCUCCACGGAAAGUACAUCCAAGAUGCACUCAACUCGGUCGGUCAAGCCAUUGAUUUCAGCGGCACUGAUGUUCUCUAUAUCGUCCCGACCAAGGCAGCCAAGCACAUCUCGUUCUCGCCUACCUACAUGGGGGAGCUAACUGCGGGUGACGGAACAGUCAUCGGUAAAACUGUCACCUUUGGUCAGGAUGCUCCUGACUCAUGGGGCUUCCUAGUCAUGAACCACGAGACCGGACACACUAUGGGACUGCCGGAUUUGUAUCCCUCGAAUGGCGGUAGGGCCACGAUGUAUGUUGGCGGUCAUGAUAUUAUGGGUCUGAUUAGUGGUGGACUUCCGGAUUACUUUGCAUGGCAUAAGUGGAAACUGGGAUGGUUUUCCGACGACCAAUUUGAUUGUGUGGAUGGUGCUGGAUCGACAACACACACUGUUACUGCGGUCGGAACUAAGGAGGGUGUUAAGGCAGUAGUUGUGAAACGGGAUGAGACUACCGCUAUUGUGGCUGAGGUCAGGGCCAGGGAGGGCGCGGAUAUCGCGGCUUGCAGUACAGGAGUACUUGUCUAUACGGUGUCAACAUCCACAGCUUCCGGUCAAGGUCCAAUUCGUGUCCACGAUGCGACCCCGAAUUCUGGUGGAUGCGAUGGGGAAGAAUUAAAUGAUGCACAUUUCACAACCGAGGCUGGUCGAGACGUUUUCGUUUCAGAAGAUGGUGUCCAAAUCAAGGUGGUUUCUCAGAAUGGGGAUGUCUAUACUAUUGAAGUUGAGGCCACUUGA